AUGGAAGCUCCUCUCCCCUUCCUCCCAAGUCCCAACCCAAACCCGCCAGCCGCAGACACAACGUCAACAUCAGCCAUUGUUGCAGCCCUUAUUGGUUUCUCGUCUGACACGGCCACCUCGUCCACGACCCACUCCCCUGGUUCAUCUCUCUCCUCCGCCGCCGUCGUGGACCAACAGCUGCAGAUUAAUCAGACACAGAAAGGGAAGUAA